AUGGGACAUGAAAGAGUUGGUGAAAUGGACGACGGGGUGCGGACUCGAGGAACAAAUAGGCAACCAGCGGCACCAAGAGAGAAUCAAAGGGACCAGGCAAACGAAGGACGAGAGAUGGAGAUCGUUGAAGCUACCGUUGCAGGCUUGGUCGGCCUGAUCACUGCCGUGGGGGCCAACCUAUUCACAAGAUAUGUCAUCCACUACCUAACCAUUGCGGGGCUGCCCUGCCUCACAACAACUUUCGACGCAUUCCAUUCAGCAGAGCUUGUGGUGGGUAACGGGGCCAGACUGUUGUUCUUUAACUACAACCACUCUCUUAACGUGGACGUAACUGAGUGGACGCCAAAGACCAAAAUCAUCUCCAUCGUUCCUCACGUCCCCUCCAACACCCUUUAUUUCACCGUCAAGACCAAGGACACUGCAUCCAUUUUUGCCUUCAACCCCCACAAAAAUGCGACUCAAUUACUUCACAGAGGAGUUAAAGGAUCCGUAGGGACCUUGGCUAUAGGGCUGAAAGAGAAUCAGGAUACUCUAUUUUGGGCGAAUCCGUUGGAACGGUCGGUUUGGAGUCAACCCCUCUCGCUAGCAUCCAAUGCCACCCUCCUAUUCCAGGAUCCUAACGCUACUUUCGACAGCAUUGCAUUCCAUCCAGCAACUGGGCAAAUUUUGUACACGGUGUGGAGACGUAGUAAUGAGAGUGAGAUUCUGGCCUACAACCUCGCAACUCAUACCACGACGAGCCUUCUUGGGGAUGUCUUCCAACCUCGAGGUCUGCAUGUGGACGUGGCUGGAGAUUCACUGUAUUGGAUUGACAAUCCUCCAGGCAUCUAUUUCAAUGUGGGGAGGGUGGACUUGAGGGGAUUGAAUGGUCAGACCGCCGACCGAACAGUCCUCCUGAAAGAUCAGAAUCAGCACCCCUUUGCCCUCACCCUCGCCUGCUCAAACCUACUCUGGACGGAUCUCAUGAACAAGGCUUUGUGGGAAUGGAGCCCGGAACUGAAAACUUAUAAGCAGCUCAUGUCCUUCAAUAAUACGGCCCCGCAUGGCCUUGCUCGCCUAGCCAACCCUACGUGCCCUCCACCUAAUGAGAUGACGACGACGCAAUAUCCUCAUUCGAUGCUUCCUUCCCCCGAGGAAUCUAGUGUAGAAGAUAUCGCACCACCACCAUCUACAACAAUUGGAGAAAACGGUGUCAACCACCAUCAAGUCAGUAACAUAUCCUCGUGUGAGGUUGAGGAAGAACGAGUAUGUCUCAAUGGAGCAGCAUGCUUUAAAAUACACGACCAACUUCACUGCCUAUGUAAACCAGGGUUUUUGGGACCAAAUUGUGGGGAUGAAGAAGAGAAGAGGGGGACAGACUGUAUUAAGGCAACCGAGUGGGCAUCCUCCAACAACAACCCUUCAAUGACACCAGUAAUUACGGUUGCCCUUGUUGGUUUGACUUGCCUGGUUGUCGUACUUUUACUCGUGGUGGCAGGAUUGCUUUGCAAAGUGCGGCGUUGGCGGAAGAAGCCCACCAUCCGGAGACGAGUCGUAGUGUCACAUCGAUCCGAUCUAGAAGCCAACCCUUCAACCGUCUGUGAAAUGAUUGACAUUGAAAACUGUUGUAACAUGAACGUCUGCGAAACGCCAUGCUACGAACGGAUGGGGAGUUUCAGCGUUGGUUCUUCUGUCGAGUCAGGAGGGGGACGGACCAGAAAGACGUCGGUGAAAGAAGACAAAAAGUGCCUCCUCUCAUCGUCUUCUUGA